AUGUUAUUUAAAUCAUUAGUUACAUUUACUUUAUUAGCUCAAUCUUUAGCUGCUCCAGCUGUCCAUCAACAUCAUCAACAUGAAAAAAGAGCUGUUCAUGUUGUUACUAAAACAAAUGUUGUCGUUGUCACCGUGGGUGCUCAUACUACUACUUUCCCAGAAGUUUCAUUAGCUACUCCAGAUUCAUCAAUUUCAGUUUCUACAGUAUCUGAUGCUCCUCAAGUUGCUCCAAGUGGUGGUGCUUCAACUACUGAAACAGAUGUUCCAUCAUCAACCGAAUCUCAAUCAUCAUCAUCUUCAUCAUCAGUUGUUGGUUCAGGUGGUGCUAGAGGUGUUACUUAUUCACCAUACUCAGACCAAGGUGGUUGUAAAUCAGCUGGUCAAAUUCAAUCAGAAGUUGCUGCUUUAUCAGGUUUUGAUUUAAUUAGAUUAUAUGGUGUUGACUGUGAUCAAGUUGCUCAAGUUUUAAAAGCUAAAACUCCUUCACAAAAACUUUUUGCUGGUAUCUUUGAUGUUGCAAACAUCGCUUCAGGUAUUGAAACUUUAGCUUCAGCUGUUAAAGAAAAUGGUUCAUGGGAUGAUAUUGAUACCGUUUCAAUUGGUAAUGAAUUAGUUAACUCAGGUCAAUGUACCCCAGGUCAAAUUCAAGGUUACAUUAACACUGCUAGACCAUUAUUAAAAGCUGCUGGUUUUUCAGGUUCAGUUGUUUCUGUUGAUACUUUUAUUGCUACUAUUAACAACCCGGAAUUAUGUAAAUACUCAGAUUACGUUGCUGUUAAUGCUCAUGCUUUCUUUGAUGGUUAUUACACUGCUCAAGAUGCUGGUGACUGGGUCUUACAACAAAUUCAAAGAGUUUGGACUGCUUGUGGUGGUGAAAAACAAGUUUUAAUUACUGAAACUGGUUGGCCAUCAAGAGGUGAUUCAAAUGGUAAAGCUGUUCCAUCAAAACAAAAUCAACAAGACGCUAUUGCUUCAAUUAAAGCAAAAUGUGGUAGUGCUGCUAUCUUAUUCACUGCUUUCAAUGAUUUAUGGAAAGCUGAUGGUCCAUACAAUGCUGAAAAAUACUGGGGUUUCUUAUCAAACUAG